GACAGACAGCGUCACUCAGCCCACAGUGACACGACAGCGAGCCAGAAGGGCGUCACCAGGCUCUCGAAAGGCAAUGCAGCCCCAAAAUGUGUCCACUGUGACUGAGUUUCAGCUGUUAGGAUUCCAGAACCUUCUUGAGUGGCAGACCUUGCUCUUUGCCGUUUUCCUGCUCGUCUACUUCCUCACCAUCGCAGGGAAUGUUGUCAUCAUCUCAGCGGUGAGCCAGGACGCGCGACUGCAGUCACCGAUGUACACGUUCCUCAAGCAUCUCUCGUUUCUGGAGAUCUGGUACACAUCCACCACUGUGCCUCUUCUCCUGGCCAACCUGCUGUCCUGGGGACAGGCCAUCUCCUUCUCCGCCUGUAUGGCACAGCUCUACUUCUUUGUGUUCUUCGGGGCCACCGAGUGCUUUCUCCUGGCCGCGAUGGCCUAUGACCGGUAUCUGGCCAUCUGCAGCCCGCUCCGCUACUCCUUCCUCAUGAGUCCUGACGUCUGCACCAAGCUGGUGGCAAUCUCCUGGCUGACAGGAGUCGGCACAGGCCUUCUGCCUUCCCUGAUGAUUUCUAAGUUGGACUUCUGUGGGCCCAACCGGAUCAACCAUUUCUUCUGCGAUCUGCCUCCACUCAUGCAGCUCUCAUGUUCUGACGUUUAUGCUACCGAGAUGUCCAUCUUUAUCCUGUCAGUUGCUGUGCUGUGUAUUUGUUUUUUUCUGACACUGGUGUCCUAUGUUCUCAUCGUGUCCUCCAUAUUGAGAAUCCCUUCUGCCUCUGGCCGGACGAAGACCUUUUCCACCUGUGGUUCCCAUCUGGCUGUUGUCACUAUCUACUAUGGGACUAUGAUCUCCAUGUAUGUGCACCCUGAAGUCCACCAGUCACCUGAAGCCAACAAGGUCAUUUCUGUCUUCUACACCGUGGUCACUCCACUGCUGAACCCAGUUAUCUACAGCUUGAGGAACAAAGACUUCAAAGAAGCUGUUAGAAAGGCCAUGAGAAGGAAGUGUAGUAUCUAUGGAGGAAGAGUGUGAGGAAGCUUAUUUAUUAGGAAAGGGAAAUCUGCACAGGACACAAGAUGGAUUAAGUGCAGGGAUUGAAUUCUCCAAGCCGUAAUGCAAGAGCUUCAUGAGGGUCCCUCACCAACAACUGGUCAGAAGAUAAAUCGCUUCUACCAAACCAUCUUGGGGGCAGUUUUGUCCUUAGACACUUUCUUCUAUCUUUUGAUGGAAUCUGAUUGUAUAAUUUCGGUGUAUGGCGAUCACACACACAUUACUGUAAGAUUCUACAAUAAGAUUUCUCUUUUGCUUAUAAGCCUUAUACGCAGAAAGUUCUGCACCUUGUAGGCACUGUUAGGAGACUGGCCUUGUGGACCUGAAACCUGGUGGUUGCCUCUGGUAUUUAUUGAAUAACUGUAGAAAGAGUGACUGAAAAAGAAAAUGUUUGAAAUGCGUUGAUCUACAUUAUCUCCCAGUGACAAGAAAGAGCAAAUAAAGAUAUGUGAGUGCCAACAUUCCCCUACGAUAACUUAGACUUUUUAAUAGUUUUGUUUAAUGAAAUUUUAGAAAAGAAAGGAAGGAAGGAAGGAGAGAAGGGAAGAUUCCAAGUACUGUAUCCAUUAUAAGCUCUGAGAGUCAAAAGAUGUACACUAAAAUGCUUAAGUCACUUUUUAAUUUUCUUUUAUUCAGCCAAUAUGUAGAACAUAUAUGCUAUUCCUGCCCACUGUUCCAUCAUUAAGUCUAUGAAUAUCUUUAAUCUCCUGCUAUGUGCAGGACCUGUGCUGCCGUCUCAGUUGCUGGGGACACAGGGAUUUGGAAGGACCAGGCAGUGAAGUCGGCCUAUUACAGAUGUGAACAUGUCUCAGAAGGGAAGGACCGAGCAAGACUGCGCCUUAGUGGAGCCUCCAGUGCAGAAGGGAAGAGAAAACUGUAGUGAACCGUAAGGGAACGAUUGGCUUAUGUCUGUCUGUGAUGGUCACUGUGAAACAAUAAAGCGCAAGCUGGUGCAUGGAUAGAGCAGUGCGGCCUGAAUCAACAGAGGGUUGGGAAGGGCGCUGCGUUUCCGUAAGUGCUUUAACACACACUUUACGCACGAGGAGAACAAGGAGGGCGUCAGUGGUGCGGUCGGAGAGGUGGUGUCCAUGGCAGGAGACGGCAGAGGACCUGGGGAUAUGGAGGACGGAGGCGAGUCUGGAGGGAAAGGCGGGAGCUAAUCCAGGCAUGCCACUAAAAGCCCUGGAGGGUUUGGGAUUUGCACUAAGAGAAAUGAUCGAUCAUCAAGGGGUACUAAUGAGGAAAUGACAUGAUAUAUUUUGCAUUUGCAAAUCCCAUUGCUGUGUAGAGAAAAGACUAAAACAGCAAGAGUUUUGGGGGUUGUGGGAGCCCAGCUGGGAGAGGAAGUUGGCUUGAUCUUAGGUUUGACGAUGUAUUCCAUCAAAGGAAGUGCCGCACGGGUGGUGAGGGCCUGCGUGCAAGUUCUGGUGUCCUGCACUCCCGUGCAGUGGCGCCUGCUUUAGCCUCUUCAGAGAGUGGCGACACGUUCUACACAGCCCCCCAGCUUCAGGUGCAAGCGCACUUUGACCUUCUAGCAGAUAUCAGAGGUCCCCAGCCUUUUUGGCACCAGGGGCCAGUUCCACGGAGACCAUUUUUCCACGGCCUGGGGAUGGGUGUGUUGUGGGUGUGGUGCAGACUCAGGUGCUGAAGCCUGGCCCGUUUCCUAAAGGCCACGGACCAGUCACCGGCCGCAGCUCUAGCUCAUGUAAUUUCCUCUCGCCGUGUGUCUCUGGGUUCUUUUCUUUUGUUUCAGCAUAUUAUGGGGUGCAAAUGUCUAGGUUACGUGUGUUGCACUCUCCCCCCAGAGUCAGACCUUGAAGCGUGUCCGUCCCCCAGAUGGUGGCAUCGCCCCAUUAUGUGCUGUCCUUGGGUUCUUUCACCUUCCUUUCCCAGUCCUCGAGUUUUCUCUUCCUCCUGGGCUUUGGCCUGUGAGAACUGCCCUUAGUCCUUCUCGGAUCCGUCUGGUUCAACGUUGGGCAGAAGGAAUGUGACGCCUGGAACCCGAGACAGGGCAGCACCUGCGUGUGGAAGGGACGGGCCCUCACUGGUCUCGGCUUCUCCGUGGGCGGGAUAUCGAAAACAGUCAAAUGUCUUACCUCGCAAGGGUCUCGGAUUAGUAUAUUAAUUGGACUUUAUACUUAACCAAACUUACCUUCCCGAAUUCUAGUGUGUUCGAUUUGGUAGGUGCUGACCUCUGGGUACAGAGAGAAAAAGAUUACUGAUCCAUACAUGACGAACUUUGAGAAGUUAUGCCACAUGGGAAUUCAUAUGUAAGGAUCUGGA